CCUUACAAACAAACCAGAGCUCAGAGCCUCCGUCCUUGCACGGGGAGGGAAAGGAAAGCCCUCAGCAUCAACCCACAGCACCAAGGGCAAGGAUUCUUCUUUCACUGCAUCGCCUUUGAAAGCUGCCAGCCAAGAUGUGAAGCCUACACAUACCCAGGGGCACCCCCAGGCUAUUUUCUGCUGGAAAGAGGUGGGAGCGCCAGCAGAGCCUACUCUGCUCUGACACAAGCCCAGGGCUUGCUGCAGGGCUCUGGGAGCUCCCUGCCAUCAGGAUCCCCAUCCCCAUGGCUGGGGAGUCCCGUAUUCCUGCCAGCCUGCAGCGCUGGCGGCUCCGAGCUGAGGACAAGGUGCUGGAUUUUGAGUUCGAGGUGCUGAGUGCUCAGUUCAACCGGCGUGGUCGCUAUGCCCUGCGGCUCUCCGUGGAGAACCCACUGCUGAGAGACAGUGGGGACAAUGUCCGACUGCGUAUUGGGGAUGGGGACAGCGUGCCCUCCAGUACCGGCACCACUGACACUGUGCUGCAGGGUCACCUGGGAGAAAUCUGUGCCUUCCAGAGAAAGAAGUUCACCUUCACCCUGCCCAGAGGUUACUGCAAGAACGACAAGAACCACGAUGUGAGGCUCCACAUUGAAGCCUUGCACUGCCCUGGAACCCUACUGAGGAGGAGGAGGGUGGGUGAAGCCUUCUUCGCCAUCUACCCCCGUCCUGACCAGCCACGGGUGAAGCUCCUGGCAGGGCGAGAUGAGGACUGGUACCGCUACAGUGCAGUGCUGGCCCUGCUGCGGGCAGGCAGUGAGCAGCCAGCAAUGCACUGUGGCCGCCUGGCCUUCACUGCUGCCCUGCAUGAGCACCGGCCACCUGCCAAUGUGUCCCCAGCACCAUCACCCCGUGCCCAGGAGAGGGGACACCAAGCAGCAAGCACAGCACCAUCACCUGCAUCCCCAGCUGGGCCAUCUCCAAGCGUCCCCUUGCAAUCACCUGAGUCUGCCUACCACUCACUGCCCACUGAGGUGCCACAGGCUGAUGCUGUGCUCAGCUCCUCCCUGGAUCUGCGGGGUGACUCCACGGGUGAACAGUCCUCUUCCUCCUCCUCCUCUUCCUUGGGGCCACCACUGAGCUUCCAUCUCUCCUCACCGGAAUCCAGCCUGGACCCGAGCCCAUGUGCAGUACAGCUCCACCGGGACGCCGUGGCCCUGCCACCCACUGAUGCCUUGUCCACAAUCCUGCCCAGGACGCAGCAGAGGUCCCAGGAUGUCCCCCAGGAGCGGGAGGUGAGCAGGUACCGCCUGGCACUGAGACGAAUGGCAGGUGAUCUUGUGUCCCUGCACCAGCGUGUCACCAGCCUGGAGGUGGAGAAUGGACACCUAAGGCACAGCCUGGCUGGGCGUCAGGAGCCGGGCCAUGCUCUGCUUACUGAUGGGGAUGUGGAUGUCAUGACCCGGGAAGAGGUCCUGGACCGUCUGGCCACCAUGAAGGGAGAACUGGUGUCCAGCACAGCGGAGAUGAGACAGCUAAGGGACCGCGUGCAGCAGCUGCAGAAUGAACUGAUCCGGAAGAAUGAUCAGGAGAAGGAGCUGGUGCUGCUCCAGCGAGCCCACAAACAGCAGCAAGCUGCCCUGAGACGGUGCCAGGCGGAGGUGGCCAGGACAAAGGGCCUGGAGGAGGUGGUGAGGCAGCAGGAGAAGGUGAUCAGGGUGAUGGAGCAGAUGCUGCAGGAGAAGCUCUCCAGGGGUGCUGAGAAGCCAGCAGGAGAAGUCCCAGCUGGGCAGCUGCACACCCAGCUGCUGGCUGAGAACCGCCGGCUGCGGGAGGAGCUGGUAAGACCCACAUUCCCUCCAUUGCCCUCUGGCACCCCACUGCCACCGCAGGAUACCUUCAGUGGCACAGAGAAGCUGUCCCUUCUGGCCAAGCUGGAGGAGGCACAAGCCCGUGGGCGAGCAAUGGAGAGGCAGCUGGAGGAGGCAGCAAGGAGAUGGGCACGGGAAAAGCAGGAGCUGGGCACUAGACUACUGGAGCAGGACCACGGCUUUGGGGGCUCAGCCCCACACUUUCUGCAUGCCACCACCCUGAAACGGCCCCCAGAACCCACCUUACCCCCCAGGAGACCCCGGACCCUGGACCCGCUGCCAUAGGUGGUAUCCCUGGGUCAGGAUGCUGGAGACACCCAGAGAAACCCAGAAAUUCAUGCUCACAACAAGGAUCCACUGCUUUUGGUGCAGAAAUUACAGAGCAAAUCAGAGGCAAAGCAAAAUGGGAAGAGGACAGCCAUCUGCCCCAUGGCAUAAGCAGGGCUGGAGCCAAGGCUGAAUGCACUGAGCUGAUGGAGGUGUCCCCAGGCUGGGAACAACUGGGGACACCCCAUGUCACUCCUGGCGCUGGAGGGGCCGCAGUGUCAGGUAGAUGGGUUUGUCAGGGACGAGGAUGAGGUCGAACUUGGUCCCAACUUCCACUGCCCUCUUGGUUUCAAUCUUGAAGUUCUCCAGGAUCUGGGUUGGGAGAAAGAGCAAGUAGGGAAAGGUGGGGAUGGAUCCUCCCCAAGUCCCCUCCAGCACGAAACUUAGGGAUGCAGAUGUUGCAAUAAUGUAAGGACACAAAUGUGGAAUUUAAGGGAUGUGGCUGGGGCACUAAGGAUGAUGGUUGUGACAGUUAGUGACAAGGUUUAGUGACAGGUAAGUCAAGUUAAAUGUUUGUGAUCUUGGGGAAUCUUGGUGAUCUUGAAGGUCUCUUUCAACCAAGAUGGAAAGUCUUUUCUAGCCCAUAUGAUUCCAUUACCCACCCCAUCCCAAAACCCAGUGCUCACAUGCAUGAGGAAGAGCUGCAUCUCCAGCUCGGCGAUGCGGCGACCCAGACACUGCCGUGGCCCGAACCCAAAGCUCAGCCCCUUGAAGUGCUUGGAGCCCAUCAUCAGCCAGCGCUCAGGGUUGAACUGCUCCGGCUUGGGGAAAACCUCAGGGUCUCGUCCCAUGGCGUAGAGACCAACCUGUACCAGCGUCUGGGGGAGAAGGAUCAACCCAAGGGGCUUGCGCCCACAUCCACCCACUGCCACCCAUUAGUGCCCCACAUCUGGCUGCCAGCUGUGCUCAGAGCCAAGAACAAAGCAGAAGGGGAUAAGGAAGGACCCGGUUUCCCAUCUCACCCCAUAGCCCAGGGUUCACCUUGGGGGGGAUGCGGUAGUCCUGCAGGAUGACCUCCUGUGUGGUGUACCUCUGCAGCGUCACCGCCACCGGAUGCAGCCUGCGGGUUGGAUGGGGUCACCUGGUUGUGGGACAUCUGCAUCCCGCUGUCAUACAGGAUGUCCAUCCCACCAUCUUUCUGUGCUGACACAGAAAAUCAGGGAGAAGGAGCUGGGUGUUCUCCAUUCCCCCCUGCUUCUUAGCUACCUGAGCGUCUCCUUGAUGGUGGCUUUGAGCAGUCGAAUGCUCUUCAGCAUCUUCACCCUGUCCCCCUGUGCCUCCUGCUUGGCCGCCAGCACCUCUGCCCGUAUCCGCUCCUGGAUGCCUGGGGACCUUGCCAGCUCCAGCAUGGCCCAUUGCAGAGUCAUGGAAGUCUGCAGCAGGGCAGAGCUGUGCUCAGCACCACGCACUGCCCCAUUCCCACCACCAACACCUUGCCCGGUGCUGACCGUGUCAACGCCGCCCGCCAUCAUCUCGGUGACGCUGGCCUUGAUGUCAUCCAGGGGCAGCUUGUCCUGCACAAGGAGGCUGAAGAGGAUGCCCGUGUGCUCCUCAGUGCUCUUACGCUGCAGCCGGAUGUCCCGGUAAACAUUUUGGAUACAUUUGUCAGCUGAGGAAAUAUAGGGACAUAGUGCUGAGCGCCUGCAUGCUAACCAAGAAUGUGGGGCUUUGUGGCUGGGGUGGUUCCGUGGAGCCACAGAAUCAAAGGAUCAUCUGGUUUGGAAAGGACUUUCCAUACAGGUUGGAACUUUAAGAUCACCAAACCCCAUCAUUAAUCUGAUCCGCCAAGUCUUAGUGCCACCAUGAGGGUGAUGACUGAAUGGCAGCCUUAGCACAUGGCUCCCAUUUGCUGGUGGCUUUUCCAGUAGAGCUGCUUAUACUUUAGACUGGGCUGGGUGGGCAAAGCAGGUGGGACACAGCUGUCCCCCAUCUCUGUCCCCCCGGGGGCUGGUUGUUGUCCCAAGUGCCACCACCCCCCUGACCCUCCUGCUCUUCUUGAUGUGAUACUCACUAUGGCUCAUGUUCCUGCGUGGUUCCCCACCACUCCAUCCUACAAGCUCCUGAUAGGCUUCCUAGCUUUACUGGCCCUACAGUGGGAUGACCCUGAGAUGGGCAGCUGGAUGUGGGAAAAGCUUUCUGUGCUGGUGAGCUGAAGACGAGCUCUUAGGACUCCCUUACCCUAUGGACAGCCCGCGAGGAGCAUGGAGGAAGAGCACUUACCCUGUGUGAAGAUGGCAUCCCAAGCAUGCACGUGGUCACGCCAUGUCUUGGUGUUGAGGUGGCGGAGCAGGGCAGGUGGCACAUAGAGCAUGGGCGAGGUGGUGUGGAACAUGAGGGUGACGGCAUCGAUGAACUGCUGUGCCUCCGGGUCCACAAAGUCCUGCAGCAGCCCCAGGCGCUCCCCAUACAGCACGUGGCACACAGCUGCAACAUGGCACCCAUCAGGGGACCCAGCCUAUGGGAUCUCAACUGUGUGCCCUCCACUAUGGCCAACUCCAGGCCGCCUGGAGAAUUUGGCACCGUGGUUGAGUAGAGUUGGCCAUAAAAUGCUGUGCUAUCAUCUGA